AUGUGGCUCUACUGUUGCUUAUUCACUCUUACUCUUGCACACUCCGAAACCUAUAGAUGCGGAGAAUUCGGCCAGCUCACGUAUGAUAAAUCUUGGGAUCAGGAUCUCAAGCUCGCAUUCCAACAAAAAUGCGGAGUACAAAAUGCAACGGAUCUGAAGUACAGCAUAAAAUGGGAAUGUGAGCUCCUCAGGUAUGGAAGAGAGGAUUGGAAACAGAGUAGUAAAGUAGAGUCGGCGUACUAUAAUGGCGCUUAUAAAACAGAAGCUGGGAAGAAUGCGUACGGUCAAAUAGUCAAACUCAAAUCUAACUGGGAUCCCGAUCUUUGCAACGCAGCCAAAAAGUAUACAGAGUACGCUUGCAAACAUUUCCAAGCAAACUGGUAUUGGUGGGACGCUGGAUUCAAGUUCGGAUGCGUUUUCUGGAGUGGAGGCCCCGAGACUUAUGUCAAGCGCAAGUGA